GUUGGGAACGACUAAUCUCGCGACAUCUCGCAUUGUCGCGUACAGUAAACGUGUAAACAUAUAUGACAAGUAGUUCUCAGCUAAGCUAGCUAUAUUUUGCAGUCUAUAGAAUUGACUGCAAUGGACACUGCAGGAGCCCAGGACGAGGCGGACAGGCCCCGCCAUCGGCCUUUCCUGAUCGGUGUCAGCGGAGGAACGGCCAGCGGCAAGUCGACCGUCUGUGCAAAGAUCAUGGAGCUCCUGGGUCAGAACAAGGUGGACCACCGCCAGAGGAAGGUGGCAAUUAUAAGCCAGGACUGCUUCUACAGGGUCCUGACUCCAGAUCAAAAAGCCAAAGCGAUCAAAGGCCAGUACAACUUCGAUCACCCAGAGGCAUUUGAUAAUGAGUUAAUGUACCAAACGUUGAAGGAUAUCGUGGAGGGGAGGGUAGUCGAAGUGCCAACAUAUGACUUUGUCACCCAUUCCAGGCAGGAAGAGAGGAUCACAGUUUACCCAGCGGACGUAGUCCUCUUUGAGGGGAUCCUCGUUUUCUACCCACAGAAAGUGCGCGACAUGUUUCACAUGAAGCUGUUUGUGGACACAGAUUCAGACGUCAGACUGUCUCGCAGAGUUCUGCGAGACAUGAGCAGAGGGAGAGAUCUCGAGCAGAUUCUCAGUCAGUAUACAACAUUUGUGAAGCCAGCUUUUGAAGAGUUUUGUUUGCCUACUAAGAAGUAUGCAGAUGUCAUCAUUCCAAGAGGAGUCGACAAUAUGGUGGCCAUUAACCUCAUUGUGCAGCACAUCCAAGAUAUUUUAAACGGCGAAAUCUGCAAAUGGCAGCGUGGAUCCGUGAACGGCCAAGCACGUGCUCUUAAACGGGUCCUGUCUGAGCAAGGUGACCUACAGAACGGAUCCGCUAACGCCCCAGGAAAGAGGGUCCUCCUGGAGCCCAGCAGUCGGCCUCACUGAGACUGUAUAGAUUUGAAUCGAUUGGCUUUGAGCUUUAAUCGCUGCUACAGAUUGUAUUUAAUUUUUUUUUUUUCUAAAUGUGAAGUGUGUUGGACACGCUCUGCAUUAUUUUAAAAUAUUACCCAUAAUCACAUGUUGCAGGGAUUUAGUGCUGCAAUGUCUUUCCCAUUUAACUGCAGUUAUUGGUGCAUUACCAGACUCUUGAAUAUGUUUUUUGUUUUUAAACAAGCAGUCUUCCAUGAUGCUUUAAUUUGUCUUUUGUUUUUUUUUCAGUGUUAAGUCCAGUCAUGUGACCUGUGUCUGAGACUGGAGGUCUUAUAAUUGAGGGUAGGAAGUGUUUCUGUACAGUAGAUGCUGACCUAUAGUCAUGCUUUUGCACUUGGAGUGACCCUACUGUUAAACUAAGUCAUGCUUCUUUAUUGCUUUCAGAUUAAUAUAUUGAAAUGAUAAUGCAGAUGUCUUGUACGUUUCUCUUUUAAAUCAAGUCAGAGCCAGAUGUGUUGCACCCAGUUUCAUAUCGAGCACAUCCUUAAUUAUUUAAUAAUGGAUCUAUGCCUUAAUUUGUUUACUUCCACUCGUUAUUUGUGUACGACAAUAAACGGAAACUGUUAAACUUUA